AUGACGUCGAAACAACAAGAAGAAUUAUGCAGUGAAUGCGAUGCAAAUGCCAGAUGGUAUUGUGUUCAGGAUGAUGCAAAUUUCUGUGAUCAACAUAAUACUGUUAUACACUCGUUUAAGUCACAAAAAUCACAUGACAUCAUUGGGAUUGCCGAAAAAGAGGCCGCAAUCAAAAAGAAAAACGCUAAACCAAUGAAUUGUCGAAAUCAUCAUAUGCCACUUUGUUUAUAUUGUUUAUAUUGUUUAUAUUGCAAGGAUGUUUGUUGUGUUGCAUGUCUAUCGGUCGAUAUUCAUAAACAACAUAGUGAUGAAGUUAAAUCAAUUGUUGAUGUAGUAGAUACGGAAAAGGAAAUAUUAAGCGAACAUCUUGAAAAAAUUCAAAAAUUCAAAACGGAAUUUAUGAAUGAACAGAGUCAAUUACAAUAA